CAGAGGAGCUUCUGAUCAGGAAAUCAGCUUUUCUAGGGUCUGGAAGAGGCAAUAUGUUGGAUCAGAUUCAUCUGCUGGCUGCUGUGACAGUCCUGGGAGUCCUGGAACAAGCCUACUUCUUCCUCCAGGUGAUCUAUGCUAGGAGAGCAUUUGGCAUUUCUCCUCCAAAGAUCUCAGGCCCACCUGAAUUUGAGAGGGUCUUUCGAGCACAGGUGAACUCCUCUGAGUAUUUUCCCGUUUUCCUGGCACUUUUGUGGCAGGCUGGACUCUUCUUCCAUCAAGGUCUGGCUGCAGCCUUGGGUCUGCUCUAUCUCUGCAGCCGCUACUGCUACUUUACGGGAUACAGGACAUCGUCCUCAGAAAGGCUGGCCCCGAUGUACUUCAGUGCUGGAGUUCUCUGGAUCCUCCUUGCUCUGGCAGCCCUGGGCAUCUCGCAUUUCUUCCUCUCUCACUACGUGGGGCUGGAUGUGCUCCAGCUUCUCACAGUGUGACCUGCUCCUCUGUCCCUCAGCAGUGUCCUCACCUUCAAGUUCUGCUCCCUCCUACCCACAGGAACGGACUUGCUGUAGCUAAUACAGCACCAGUGACAAAUCCACCCUCAUCUGAGUUUUCAACACCUCCCUCCCCACUGCCCAGCACCAGCACAAAUUGCUGACCUCUUCAGGAAGUA